CGGAGGAGGGUGUGACUUGUUGGCUCUUUUUUCCGCCUGUAUAAAACGAGAAGUUCGCGUAAAAGAAAAUACAGAUGGAGAAGGCUAGCCGGCUCGCUGUGUCAGAGAGUCCCCUUAAGCCUACGUGACAACUCACAUACUGUCCCUUUGUGACCAGCUCAAUCGGCAGAAUGCCCGGUCUCUGUGUGCUUUGUCUGGCCGCCGCGCUGGCUGCGUUCACCCGGCUCGCCGGCACCGUGAGUCCGGUGGUCCGAUGCGAGCCGUGCGAUGCCGGGGCGCUCCUCCAGUGCAAGCCUCUGCCCAAGGACUGCGCGGAGCGAGUGAGGGAGCCGGGCUGCGGCUGCUGCAUGACGUGCGCCCUCGGUGUGCGACAGGCGUGUGGAGUGUACACUGCGCGCUGUGGGUCCGGCUUGACCUGCCAGCACCAGCCGGGGGAGAGCCGACCCCUGCAAGCUCUGCUGGAAGGACGGGGACUGUGCUCCAGCGCAGCGUCCAAAAAGCUGAAUAGCAUUCUCAUUCCCGCACAAAAACAAGAGAAUGCCAAAAAUCAGGUAGAAGAAUGCUGCGCCAAUGGAACGACGACGGUGACUGUACUUCCCGGUGUGGGGACGGUGAAGGGCGGGAACAGUCGAGGGUCGGUGGACACCAGGCCGCAGCUGCACAACAAACUGAUCCAGAAAGAUCAGAACAGGAAGACUCAGAGCUACAAGGUGGAGUCAGUGUCAGGAGGAGCCAAUAUGGACAUGCACAACUUCUCCCUGGAGAGCAAGAGGGAGACUGAGUAUGGGCCGUGUCGGCGGGAGAUGGAGAGCAUCCUGAGCAGCCUGAAAAUCAGCAACGUGCUCAACCCGAGAGGCUUCCGUAUACCCAACUGUGACAGAAAGGGCUUCUACAAGAAAAAACAGUGCCGUCCAUCCAAAGGAAGGAGGCGGGGCUACUGCUGGUGCGUGGACAAAUACGGCCAACCUCUCCCCGGGUACGACGGCAGGGAGCGAGGCGAGACGCAUUGCUACAACCUGGAGAGCAAAUGAGAGGACAGAGGGACGACUCGGAGGAGGGUGGGGGAGGCAGAGAGAGAGAGAGAAAGAAAGAGAGCCUACUUUGCUCUUGCAUGUAGUUUUGUGUUAACAUUUGAAGGGGCUCUGGACCUUUGAUUUCAGGUCCCAUUUCUGUCAGAAAGUACGAGAGAGAACAAGGGGGAGGGGAAGGGAGGGAGUGGAGGAAGGCCUCAUCGACAGGCCGAGCCUCCUGUCCAUCACAGUUAUCUGUCCCGUGCUUUGGGAACCUCUAUCCUUUCUUUUAAAAAAAACAAAACAAAUAAGCUGAGAGAGAAGGGGAAGAAAGAGAGAAACCAACCAUCUGCACUAUUCUUUUAGAGAGAGGAAAGAGGGACUUUUCCACUCACUUUAAAGAGGACUUGUUUGUGACUGUGACCCGAAGAAAAAAAAAAAAAGCGCACCACCACCGUUUCUUUUGUGUGUGUCUGUCUGUGAGUCAGUGUGUGUGUGUGUGUGUGUGUGUGUGUGUGUGUGUGUGUCUUAAUGUGCGAGCACCUGCAUAACAUACGUGUGCACAGCUGCAUGUCUGUGUGAGAUGGCAUGCAAGAUGGUGUGCGCUUUCCCAAAAGUGUUUAUUUGUGUAAAUACUGUUUGUCACUAAGCUCAGUGUAGAGACGUCCGAUUGCCCCUCCCCGGCCCUGCUCCAUUAAACAAUGCAGAAAAAUAAACACUCUACGGCUCAGGAUCCAUUUUGAAGUGAAGGAUUAUGGGAUAGCAGGGCUUUGACUUCUUAACCAGGGCCAUUUGUGCUGCCUCCCUCGCCCUGCGCUUGGGGAGGGAGUGGAGGCAAACCAUGCAGUUACAGUGCCUUAGAAACAGACCUGUCCACGCCUCCCCUCCACCUUUUCAUCAUCCUGAACAUCCACCCUUUUUCCAUGGGAAAUACUCAUCCACAGCGGGCUUCAAUGGCUCUAGCUGACACUUUCUUUGAAGAAAUCAGCUGCAUGUAGCUUGGGCAGUAGAUCUGAAGGGUGUCCCCUUCGGAACCACAACUUCUUAAACCACUGUUUCAGCACCUGCGUCAGCUGAAUACUUCAAGGUGUGCAAGAGUGUGAAGUGGAAGGCAUGAAUUUGAUUAUCUUGACAACACCAUAAUAGAAUUUGAAGUCGGUUAGGUUAACAAAUGUGCCAAAAUAUUAGCUUGCUUCCAAAACUCUGAUGUUUUGCACGGUUCAAAAGUCUUCUUUCAAGCUCAUUGAGGGUCAUGCUUCUGUGCAAGACUCAGACGAAUUAAAACCAGUUAAGAAGAGUUUGACGCAGCUUCACAGCCUGCAUCUUUAUGAGUAACACCGUGUCCUAACAGCACAAGAGCGAUAUAAUUUAUAUAUAUAUCGCAGCGCAUCGUGCAUGAUCGCACGCUUGCUGUCCACACUGCAUCUGUUAAACAUUGAAUUCUCCUGCUCUGUGAAUUUCAGUAUCCUCCCUUGCAAAGAGAAUGACAUCUAGUGCUUUUGUAAGCUACUGAAGGUGAACGAGCUAAAGUGUGUUGCUUUGUGUUUACGAGCUGUUGACUCAAAUCACAACACAAAGGCUCGUCAAUAAACGACAGCGUUGCAGGCUGCUUCGCUGGGUAGUGAAACAUCAAAAAUAAGUCUUUACUUUCAGUGUAAUAAACAGACUUUGGCAUCAGAUUCAAAACUUCAAAACGUCCUCUUUGUAUCACACUGACUUGAUUUAGAUGAUCCACAUUAGCAGUGGCCGUAUCAGUCUGUUAUGGAAAUGCCUCCAAUGUGCUGAAGCCCUCCUUAAGUUGGAUAAAAGUUGACAUUUAGUCUAAUUGGAGAGAUGCCUGAUGGAAAUCUGUCCGAAGAAGAGGAAGAGAACCAGACCAGAAUGUUUCAAACACUCAAAUAGUAGAGAGGUGGAGUAUGCUGCAGCAGUGGUUUAAGAAGUUCAACAAUUAUUGAUUGCCAAUUUAGUUUUGCUUUUGUUUAAUUGACAUGGAACUGAGCAUAUUGGACUUUAAAAAAUGGAGCUAAUUUACAUCCACAGUCCAGUUGAAUCAACUCUGAACUGCUGUCUGAGCUAACUUCAGCUGCUGGUCUCAAUGAAAGAGGAGGUUAGACGCUUUUCUAGGCCAGUUUAGAGCUAACGAGGGUGAGUAUUUAAUACAGGAUAGUUAGAUCUUCUGGAGAGUAGUGUUUUGAGAUGCUCACAUGCGAUCUUAAAUGUUCGGUUUAGUUAGAUCAGCUGCCUUCGGCUCCUGUCCCUCUGAAGCUCUAACUUGCUCUCCUUGUCCUUGCCCUCUAUUUGUCCUUUCUGUUGAGUUCCUCCUCCUCUCCUACACGUCCUUAUCGUCCGUUUAACACUCUGUCCAUGUCUGCCGUUUAUGUUUGUCGUGCCUGAUCCCGUCUACGUCUCCAACCUCACUAACCCUCUCUUGUUAAUCCUCGCUCCAGCACCCGGUCCUCUUCCUGUCAGGGGUGCGACCUGGUGUAGGCUUGUUUGAACGGGGCGGUACAGCCCGGUGUGACCGGCCCCGCCCUGCCGCAGGUGCCAGCUGCCCCUUAUUGCUUCAAGCACUUAAAGCACUUUAGCUGCGCCGCCACUCGUCAAUGCAUGCAGUUAAAGACAAUUGGACCUAUCUGCAUCUGCAUACCUUUCCUCGGAGGUAACGCCAGAUGAAUCAGUGUGAUACUGUAAGAAAACAAUAAUAAACUAGUGAGAGAGAGAGAGAGAGAGAGAGAGAGAGAAAAAAGAAAGCUACACCAGGACUUCUGACAGCAAAGUGAGCGAACACCCCUCAGAAAUUUUCCAUUCAAUGCAACUAUUUUCUUUUUUUUUUGUUGUUGUUUUUGUUUCUUUGAAAAAUGCUUGUAUGAUCGUAUGCCAACAAAAUCUCCACGAGGUGGACACAGCACCAAAUAUGCAUUCACACAAGUGGUAGGGGGUCCGAGGGAGGAGGCAGCUUCCUGCCCCGAUGCUCUCCAACAUCCUGUGUAAAGACUUGAACAGUGGAGAGAGUGCCGACUAAGAAUGCUUGCCCAGUAGCUCGGUAGCAUGAAAUCGGCUGUACACUUCCUUUGAUAGACAGCAGCAACUUACAACCAGCCUGUUGGUGCUACAUCCCACCUACUCAAAGACUUGAUGUAAAGGGAGGAACAUACACACAAAUAUGUUUAAGCUAUUCCCUCCUGAAUAUUUGUAAGUGUGUCUUUUUAUAUAUAUAUAUAUUAUUGUUAUUAUUUCCUGGCCAGCUAUGUGUCUGACUAGACAUCAUGUACAGUACUUAAAAAAUGAAAAUUAUUUAUCUAAGAAAGAAUUAUAAGCUGAUCCAAACUAGGUUUUCUUAUGAACAAUUCAGUGACUCACCGAUUGCACAGCAAAGUCUCUAUGAUUCAGUGUAUUUUGGGGAAUAUAAUCACUAAUGAAUGUUUGAUUUUUUUAAUGAAUCUGUUCCUUCUGUUGCUCAGCAGUGUCAGUUUUAAAGCUCAGCGCCCUGCACGCCAGUUUCAGCCUCAGGGGGCAAAAAAAACAAAAAACAAUCUGUGUCAGUCAGUCACUCAGGUCUCUGGUCAUCUUAGUUCACUGCUCCAUAAGGCCGGAGAACCUCUCAGUCGGUCACUUCUCCCCCAUGCACACCGCGCCAUCCCGCAUCAGUCUGUCAGUGCACAGUCACACUUUCUAAUGUCACUUUUUUUUUUUUUAAUUUUGGAUUUUCCCCUGCUGGUCACGAUAAGAAUCUCUCUGUUCACGGGUAAAAUGUAUUUUUGUUUUUUCUUCUCAAGUUAUCCUUCAAAGAGUUUUUUUUUUGAUUCAUGAUACUAAACUAGAAAUCACACAGCUAUUAUUUUCUCUGCGGAAGGAAGUGAUAUUGAUUCAAAGUAUAAUUUGUAUUUAAUGUCUUUUUUUUUUUUAAAUAAAAGUGAACACAUUUUAAAGAC